UCAGCCGGCGGCGCUCGCAAGCGUGGAGAGCAGAAGUCUCGGCGCGCGGCUCGCCGACGUUCCUCGCGGGAAGGCGCUGGAGGCUGUUGCGCUGGCCAUGGCAGUGGCGGCUGCGUGUCCCUUCAGGGUCCUUCUCAGAGCAGCAGGGAGAGACAAUGUGGGCAGGACGGCAGCGGUUGCGGUCCCUUUCCCCGACCUCUUCGCCGGGCUUUCUCUUGGCGGCGGCGGCUUAAAAGCGAAGCCUUACUGCACGCUGUCUCCGCAGCAGCACCAGCAGCCCUCCGCUCCGCCUCCGGAUAUGAAAAACUACCUGUGGAAAAGCUACAACGAGGCCAAAAGAGUCACGAAAGACUUAGUCCCAUCAAUCAUGAAUAAUUUGCUGAAUCCGGAUGCCAUCUUUUCCAACAAUGAAAUGAGUCUUUCAGACGUAGAAAUCUACGGCUUUGAUUAUGACUACACUUUGGUCUUCUAUUCCAAGCAUUUGCAUACGUUGAUUUUUAAUGCUGCCCGGGACCUUUUGAUCAAUGAACAUCGGUAUCCUGCAGAAAUCCGCAAGUAUGACUAUGAUCCAAAUUUUGCAAUAAGAGGGCUUCAUUAUGAUGUGCAUCGGGCAUUAUUAAUGAAGAUUGAUGCUUUUCACUACAUUCAACUGGGAACUGUGUACAGAGGAUUGAAUGUUGUACCAGAUGAAGAAGUAAUUGCUAUGUAUGAUGGUUCCCAUGUGCCUUUGGAACAAAUGAGCGACUUCUAUGGAAAGAGUUCACAAGGUCACACUAUGAAACAGUUCAUGGAUAUCUUUUCCUUGCCUGAGAUGACUCUCCUGUCUUGUGUGAAUGAGUAUUUUCUGAAGAACAAUAUUGACUAUGAGCCAGUGCACCUCUACAAAGAUGUGAAGGAUUCAAUCAGAGAUGUACACAUCAAAGGGAUAAUGUACCGUGCAAUUGAAGCAGAUAUUGAGAAAUACAUUUGUUAUGCUGAGCAGACACGUGCUGUGUUAGCAAAGCUGGCAGCUCAUGGAAAGAAGAUGUUCCUGAUCACAAAUAGUCCUAGCAGCUUUGUGGACAGAGGCAUGAAGUUUAUAGUUGGAAAAGAUUGGAGGGAUCUCUUUGAUGUAGUCAUUGUCCAGGCAGAAAAGCCAAACUUUUUCAAUGAUAAGAGAAGACCUUUCCGCAAAGUGACUGAAAGGGGUGUUUUGCUUUGGGACAAAAUUCAUGAAUUGCAGAAAGGCCAGAUUUACAAGCAGGGUAACUUGUAUGAAUUUCUGAAACUGACUGGUUGGCGCGGUUCCAAAGUCUUAUAUUUUGGUGAUCAUAUUUACAGUGAUCUAGCUGAUUUGACCUUAAAACACGGCUGGCGAACAGGGGCAAUUAUUCCAGAAUUACGAAGAGAGAUUAAGAUCAUGAAUACUGAGCAAUAUAUUCAGACUAUGACCUGGCUGCAAACCCUCACUGGACUGCUGGAACAUAUGCAGAUUCACAAGAAUCCUGAUUGCCAAAUGAUAUUAAAUGAGUGGAAAAAGGAAAGAAAGGAAAUGCGAGAAAUGACCAGGAAUUUCUUCAACUCUCGGUUCGGAAGCUUAUUCAGGACUGAUCAAAACCCCACCUAUUUCUUAAGACGCUUGUCUCGCUUUGCUGAUAUCUACAUGGCUUCAUUGAGUUGCCUACUGAACUAUGACCAUGAUUACACCUUCUAUCCACAAAGGACUCCUUUGCAGCAUGAACUUCCAAUGUGGUCUGACCAGUUGUGCACGGGCACAUUCAGAAUACCGUUUCUUCAGGAGAUGAUCCAGAUCAAAUAACCUCCACACACAAACCCAGUUGUUGUUUUUUGUAAUGUAACAGUUACCAUAUUACUACGCGGCGGCUUUGUAAAGAAUAUUUAUUGUAAGAGUAACUUUCUCUAUAGUAAUUGGUUCUUGUUGUACACGCUAUGGAGCAAAAUUGUCUAUCCAGCGGCUCUCUCAUUUUUUUGUAGUGAGAAUUGAUAAAACUAUGGUUGCACUAAGAACUGAUUCUUUCCUCCAGUUGAAUAUUGGCUGGAAUGGAAAAUCAUUUGCACAUAAAUUUACAUACAGCUCAUAAUAUUUGUCUUAUACCCUCUAACUGGAGGUCAUUACUUGAAAUUUGGACUUGAUUUAAAUAUUCAGCUAAAGGCACUGUUACUAUUAUACUUUAUAAGGAAUGUAAAAUCUCCUCAAGGUUUCAAAUCCAGGCAGGGCUGGGCAACUGCUAUUUUUUUAAUCAGAAUAUUAGAAAAUAAUUUUUAGUGGAUGAGAGAUUUAAGUCCAUGCACUCAGCCAUUAUUUUUUUCACAGACUUUUAUUUUCCUUAGCUAGGAAAAGCUGCAGCUGUAGAAAACCAGAUUACAUUGCUUGUAUUGAACCAAUCAAAGUUUUCAUUAUAGAGAUUUCCAGCCAAUGAAAAUUGACAGGAUAGUUAGUAAAAUUGGCAGUAGAAACACUACAAUAGCACCACAAGUGUAGAAACAGAAAAAUACAUCUACUAAAGUGUGUUCAAAGUGAACAUCUUUAUAAUAUAACAGCUCUGUAUGAAGAAUUGAUGGUAGAGUAAAGCCUUAUAGCACUGGGCACUUUAGUAGAAUGCCAUCAUGUGCUUUAAGAACUGUAUUUUAUAUAUGGAGGCUGCAAUAUUGUACUUACUUUCCUGGGAGUAACUUUCUUUGAACACAAUAAUAUUUUAGUAAUGUAUAAUAGUAUUAUUGGCCUGCCUUCAUGAUAAGAGUGAAACAGUUACAAUUAUUAAAAAAGGUGAAGAUUC